AAAUCAAUAAGGGAGUUCUUGGCUAUCAAAUAUUUCCCGUCAGCGGUCUCAUACAGUUAUAGUUAGCUGAAAAGGUCUACUUUCUUGCUCUUUUCAUCGUGUCUUGAGCUACUGGGAAAACCGUUUGUGUUGUGCAAAUAUUAGAUGAAAAAUCAGAUAAGUUUAUAUGCUGAUGAAACCCCGCUCUGACUGAUGAAAAUUCACAUAAAAGAAAAACAAAAAAGAACUGAAAUAAUGAAGUUGCUGAUGAUAUCGAAGUUUUGUACCUGUCUAGAGUGAUCAAAGCAAGAUUUGUAAUGAUGCGGAAGUUCAGUGAAGAAAAGAAAUCCUUCCCGGUAAAUUCCAAGUCCACUCCAAUCUGUAAUAGCAUGUCUGGAUGUCACGCGACAUGUUCUCAAAGUCCAAUUUUUCCGAGAAUCUGAAUGAACCAGGAAUUAAAGUGAAUUCUCGAAAUAAGCGUGGAUCUUUUUACUCGUCUGUACAGGAUCAAGUCCCUUUUCAAACCUUUAUACUGAAUAAGGUCUAACCAGACUGACAUUGUGAACGAAUGGCUUCCCUCCAGGAUAUCUCUGACAAUGACGGCACAGAAACAGAGGAAUGUCCCACACUAUCAUUUGAAGAACAGUUCAAAGAGUUGACCUCUCUCAUAUCCUUUUUUGAGGAGUGUUCAAUGAAAACAUGGGAGUUUAUUGACUACAUGAAAGAAAAGCUUUCAGACAGCUUGAAAACAGAUCUUAUGACUGACACAGAAAGGAAGCGUUUGCAAUCAUAUGCUGCAAAGAAGUCCACUCUUUUGGUCCUUGGACAAACAAACAGUGGAAAGAGCUCCUUUGUGAAUGAACUCCUUGGUGGGUCAUUCAUGCCAACUUCUGAAGUGCCAUGUACGUCUCGCAUUGUCCGUCUCAAAUAUAGUGAGAAGAACUAUAUCCAGGUAUUGGAUGAGUCUAGACCUAAUGAAGGAGAGAAGAUUUUCUUUGAUAAAAAGAAAGUGCCGAGGAAGGAAAUAGAGUUGGAUGAAAGCCAGAGGGCAGAUCAAUCCUGGAUCAAUGCCAUGGUGGAAGUGGGCCUGAACAACUCUCUCCUUCAAAAUGGACAUCUGGAAGUUAUUGAUGCACCUGGGAUGAGCGAGAAUGAAGCUCUGGACAAGAUUGUUGAAGAAUGUAUUCACGGCAUUCUUCAAGUCAUUAUCUAUGUCAUAGACGGUAACUCCUCUCUAAGGCUGCAGGAAAGGCGUUUUCUUUUGAACCUGAAGGAGAAAGUGGGUAACUUGCCUAUUUUCUACCUUUGCAACAAGGUGGAUAAGGACAGGACGGCUCUGGAGUUUGACAGGGACUCCGACACAGAAGAUGAUAUUGAUAAACACCCACAUAGUGAAGAAGCAAAGGAGCUGCUCGCUUAUCGAGCUCUCUCUCAAUGCUACAUGGUGCCUGAUGACAUAAUGUAUACAGAAUGUCCUUUCUUUCACGGUUUGUCCACCAAGGAGGUCAGGAACGCUCGACUGAAAAAGCAGUCAAACCAGUAUACUAAGCAGUUUGAUGACCUCAGGUUUAAGCUGCUGAACUUUGUUGCCACUGGAGUGUACAGCCAUCUUCGAUCUGCAGCAGAAUUCCUUUGUCAGAUCCAAAAAAGAGUGUUUGAUUUCUUCUUGAAUUGGGACUUCAACCAAGACUCAAUUCCUGCUCAAGAUGAGUUAUUUAGUAAGCUAGAGGUGAAAGAGCGAGAGUAUGUGGCAAAAAUGCAAAAAUAUGUCUAUGGCAAUCUCUAUAAGUUUUCCAAGCUUGUCGAAGAUUCUGUCAAGUGCAACAGAGCUAAGAUCGUAGCUGACGCGUCCGAAAUGCAGUUCGAUUCAAUCAAAAUUGGAGAUGUUGUCGGGCGAAAUGAAGUGGUAGAACAGUGUCGCAGACAGAUUAAGGACCUGGUAUUGUUCAAGGCUACGAACAUAUCGCUGAACAGAAUUCAACUUACUGUCUCCCUCAUUACAGAAUCUCUGCGUUCAUCUCUCGAAGAAUCGCUCAGUGAGGUGGGAAAAAAAGACGACCACUUAGCCAUCCUUGUAAAAAGGCAACUGGAGUACAGUUUCCUACAACAUUUUCAGACGCGAGACAUUUGCCCUCAUUUUGAUUAUGCUUUGAUGAAAAGUGGUGUGAGGCUUAUGGACAACGCCAAGAAAGCUUUCAUUGAUGUAUGGUCUGCCAUACGAGGGAAGGGGACGUACCUUAACGCAGAGUGGAAGCAUAGUAUCGCCGAAAAUGUGCUGGACAACAUCGACUGUAAUGCCAUCGCACGCAGAAUUUGUGAGAGAAUAAUAGAGGAUCUGGAAAAUGGGCACAAAUUGUUCCAAGUAAACCUGGCUUACAUGAGACAAUUUUGCCAGGCAGCUGUAGAACUGUCUGAUGCUCAGAUAAGUUUCGCCGCAACACAAUCCCCAUAUUUUUCCAGACUGAUGAGUGAGGCCGGUGCUCUUGCUCAGACGCUGGCUUCCGAUGUUCAUUCGAGAGCAGCUGUUGGUCGGCAAAUGGGAAGGUCGGGUAACCGAGGCAGGGUUUUCGAAGACAAAACCGACGAGAAACGAGUUGUGAAACAGCUCACAAGUGCAGCUCACCACAGUGAAAUGCGAGAUAAACAUUUGUUAGGCAUUACAAGAACCUUAAGAAGGACUCAAGAUGGUAUUUCCACAAUCCUACAACCUGUUUCGUUGAUUUUGGACGGAAGUAACACGGUCUCUGUUCUGUUUCCAAAAAUGGCCACAGACUUGUUCGAAAUGCUGCAGAGUGAUAAAAUCGUAUUGAAUCAUGGUCUAAGAAUUACACAGCGAAUGGCUGAUGCUCUGGAGAAUUGCUGGGACAGACGCAUUUACCAUGUGGAUUUGAGGACCACAAACAUUUUGCUUGACUCCCAGGGGAAUGCAAAGCUAAACGUCUCUAAGCCAAGGGAUGACACAAUUCCGUAUCCUGACAACCAAGCACCUUUCCAUGUUCCUGCUCAGAAUCCCGGUGUAAGCGCAUCUGACACUGAUUCGAUGAUGACUCUGAAGAAUCAUUGUGUCUACAGUCUUGCAGUCUUACUUAUGUUGCUUGUGGAGGAGAAGUACUGCAGACCACCCUACGCCCAGACGGAGAAGGUUCAUGAGGUGUAUGCUGCUGUAGACCAAGGAGAAGAUUUUAAAUACGUCUCCGGAUUGAAGAACCCAGAGGGUUUGUCUUCGGGCGGAAGGAAAAAGGCUCGUGAGAUUGUCCUUUCCAUGUUUGACUUUCAUCAGAAGCAUAAUGAGUAUCUGCUCUCAAAAAUGGAUGACUUCAAAUCCGAGGUUACUGGGGUGGUUUCUAGUUAUGAGACCGCGUGCCAGUUUGAAACUAAAUUCUGAGAAAAGAAGCUUUUCAUCUCUGUCAAAAAGUUGAGCAAUUUUUUUCAUGGACAAAAAUUAGAAUAUACGGCUGCCUUCGAAGGGGACCUUAGAGUUUCAAUUCCAUUUCCACCCACAAAGCAACUUAAAUCAGCCAAAUCUAAUCAGAAAAGUUAUUAUUUUGUAUAAGUGACAAGCAAUUGGUUUCAAGUCAUGAAUAGACAUGCAUUAGAAUCAUGAUUAGCUUUCUUUAGUUACAUUUUGAGCGAAGUGAUGAUUUGUGAAGGUGUAGUCUGAUCGUCCGGGUGAGUGUAGUCCUGAGAAGGACUGUUGUCGGUGGUAGUGACUGACGU